AUGGAGAGAAUGAAUAGUGGGGGUUUUUCAAUCAGAAGGCGUUCACUGAGCAUUUCAAGUCAUGUAAGCCAUCAUAUAGAUAAUGAUGGUGAGUGUGAUAGUGUUUCAGAGGCUGGAGACAUUGGAGAUCGUGCUCUUCCAAGCAAGAGGUUCAGUGAGAGCAACAGCUUCCGUUUGUCCUUUGACAACAGGUCAGAAAAUGAUGUUGUUUCCAUUCCAGAGGAACACAGGUUGCAUCCCAAUUCCUCUGUUAUGCCCUUGCCUCCUGCCUUCACAUCAGUUUCCCCUCUUUCCACUGAUGACAGAGAGGCUUCUGAAGACACAAAACAUGAUCCUCCUAAAGGUUUGCCAGAGUUGUUGGACUAUAUUUCAUGUAUGGUUCAUUUAGCGGUUUUUGGAAUUCUUGGGGUCUUAACGAGAUACUUACUGCAAAAGUUAUUUGGCCCUGGGGUUGCCCAUGUGACAAGCGACCAAACCAUUCUUUAUGUUGAUCUUCCUUCUAACAUGAUUGGUUCAUUUCUUAUGGGUUGGUUUGGUGUGGUAUUCAAAGGAGAUAUAUCUCAAAUGUCAGAGCAUCUAGCCAUAGCAAUAACAACUGGUUACUUGGGAAGCCUUACAACAUUCAGCGGUUGGAAUCAAAAAAUGCUUGAACUCAGUGUUUCCGGGCAUUGGCUCUUCGCUUCACUUGGCUUUCUAUUAGGUUUGUUUCUCGUUGCCUAUUCCAUCCAGUUUGGGAUUGAUACUGCCAAGGGAUUUAGGUGGCUUCUCAACAGGCUGAGUAUUAGUUCAAGAAAAGAUGGUAAUAAGAUCAACUGCAAAGUAGACAGCUACCGUCGUCAGUUGAUUGUUAUGGUGAUGUUCUUGGUAGUAUUGGGCAUAUUGUGGGGUGUAAGUGGUGCAUUAGUAAAGGCUGAGUUCAAGCACGGUGGUAAUGGUGCUCAGUUAUGGUUUGCUUGCAUGGUUGGACCCAUGGGUGUGUGGAUUAGAUGGUUCUUGGCAAGGCUCAAUGGGCGUGGAUUAGGAAAGGCAGGGUUGUUUAAAUGGAUUCCAUUUGGGACAUUAACUGCCAAUGUAUCCGCAGCUUGUAUUAUGGCUGCACUUGCCAAUGUGAAAAAUGCAGUGAACACCAGAGAUUGUGAUACUGUUGUAGCAGGAAUACAGUUUGGCCUGAUGGGGUGUUUGAGCACUGUCUCUACUUUUGCUGCUGAGUUUAAUGCAAUGAGAGAAAGCAGUCAUCCUUGGAGAGCCUAUGUCUAUGCUAUCAUCACAGUUUGUGUUUCAUUCUCUUUGGGAAUAUUAAUAUACUGCAUCCCUGUUUGGACAAAGGGGUUUGACAUUAACACGUAG